CCCAUGUCCCGGCCCCCGCCGCCGCCGCCGCCCGGUUCCCCGCGGCGCUUCGGGGCGCUCAGCACCGCGCAGCUCCGCACCUUGCUGCAGGACGAGUCGCGGCUGCAGCGCGCUGCCCGCCUCACCAGGAAGUUUCAGAGUCUGCAGCUGGAGCGGGAUAUGUGUUUGGCUUCAAACUGCACCCUGGCCAGGGUGAACCUGUCCCUGCGCCCGCGGCUGGAGGAUGGGAAGGCUUCCCUGGCCAUCAAGUACCAGGAGCUGCGAGAGAUACGAGAGGCCUGUUGGGACAAGCAGCAGCGCCUGGAGACACACCUGGAGAAGUGGAGCCCACAGAGUGCCCUGGACCAGAUCCAAGCCAAGCUCGAUGCUUCUGAGGCAGAGUCAGAGGCACAGAUAAAUCAGUUCCUGGCCCAGGACCUGCCCCUUGAUUCCUUUCUGGAGGCCUUCUGCCAGAGCCGCACGCGCUCCCACAUCUGCCGGACACAGCUGGAGAAACUGCAGGAGCUGCUGCAGAAGGACCAGGUGGGCAGGGACUCUGCAGGCCCCUCAGGGCACUCAGGUGCCCAGGCUAGCCCAGCACCAGCCCGUCUCGCCCCACUGCGGAAUGCAGUAGCCCCCAAAGCCUUCGAUCUCUCCUAUGGCUUUGUGCCUGCCUUUCUCAUCCCUUCGGAGGCCGUUGUGCCCUUUGCUGUGCCAGCUGUGCCUCCCAAACACCAUCUCCCAGCCCUGGAACAGCAGCCAGCAUCUCCCAGCUCUGAAAUGCCCAGCCCAGGCUCACCCCUGUGCCACACCGGCCACGCUGCCCCCCUCAGCCCCCAGCUCGUCCGCAGGCAGCAGCGGCCGCAGCACCAGAAGCAGGAGGCUCCACACCGGUAG